AUGCGCAGAUCUCGCCUCGCUUUCCACCCCGCUGCGAUGCAUAGGCGCAUCGGCUUCGCCUUUGCCGCCGCCCUUGUCCUCCUCCUCGCGUUCUCCGUCUCCGCUGCCGACCAGGUUGCUAAUGGCGCUGCCGGGAAUGGCACUGGCGUCGGCGCCGACCGCCUCGACCGCCGCACCAAGAUGUUCCUCCACCACACGGCGGGGGCGCGGGCGGCUGGGGCGCAGGACACGGGGCUGGGGCUCUUCGACGCCUUCUUCGCCAGCUUGUCCAUGAUCGUCGUCAGCGAGAUUGGCGAUGAGACGUUCAUCAUCGCGGCGCUGAUGGCGAUGCGGCACCCAAAAUCGACGGUUCUCUCGGGCGCACUGUCGGCGCUUGUCGUUAUGACGGUACUUUCUACUGGACUCGGCAGAAUCGUUCCGAAUUUGAUAUCGAGGAAGCACACUAACAGCGCUGCGACAGUCCUCUAUGCAUUUUUUGGUCUACGGCUCCUGUACAUUGCUUGGAGGUCAGAUUCCAAGGCAUCACAGAAGAAGGAAAUAGAAGAAGUAGAGGAAAAGCUGGAAACAGGCCAAGGGAAGUCAACAUUUAGACGUGUUUUCUCGAGAUUCUGCACUCCUAUUUUCCUGGAGUCAUUUGUGUUGACCUUCUUGGCGGAGUGGGGUGACCGAAGUCAGAUAGCUACAAUAGCGCUGGCGACCCACAAAAAUGCAGUCGGAGUUGCUACAGGAGCGACCUUGGGGCACACCAUCUGCACGUCGAUCGCGGUGGUGGGCGGCAGCAUGCUGGCCUCCAAGAUAUCUCAGGGCACGGUCGCCACCAUUGGAGGCCUCCUCUUCCUUGGGUUCUCUCUUUCGUCGUAUUUCUACCCGCCAUUGUAG